AUGUUGAAUUUCCAUUCAAAAUGGUAUUCUUCACAUUUAAUGUAUUUAACUGUACUUGGAAAAGGUAUUUAUAACAAAAAAAAAAAAAAAUGUUUUUGAUAAAAACGUUAAUAAGUUUUUUAAAUGUUUAGAGGAUUUGAAUACUUUGGAAGAAUUGGUUGUAUCUUUAUUUGGAAAUAUUAAAGAAAAAAAUGUGGAUAAACCAUAUUGGCCUGACCCAAUAUAUAAAGAAAAACAGUUGGCCACAAAGACAAUCGUAGUUCCAGUAUCAUAUAUAAGAGGAUUAUAUGUUAGUUUUCUUAUUCCAGAUCAGACCAAAUUUUAUGAAAGCAAAGUAAACACAAUCAAAUUUGUUUUUUUUUUUUAAUCCAUCUUGAAUUUAAUACAAAUUGUAUUAAUUAGCCGGGCGCUUAUUUGAGUGCUUUAUUUGAGCACAAAGGUCGGUCAAGUAUUUCUACAGUUUUAAAAGAGAGAGGGUGGUCUACUGAUUUUGCAGCUGGUAUGAAAUCUUUAGCUAGGGGCAUUGAGCUUUUUGAUAUUGAUGUAGAUUUGACUGAAGAAGGAAUUGAUCAUGUUGAUGACAUUAUUAAAUUAAUCUUCCAAGUAAUAUAUUAUUUAUUUUAUAAUAUUUAAUCAAAAUAAUUAACCUAUUUUAUUUAUUUAAAGUUUGUAAAUAUGUUAAAACGAGAAGGACCUCAAAAAUUGUAUUAUGAGGAAAAUAAAAAUAUUAGUACAAUGCAUUUCCAAUUUAAAGAUCAAAUAUCUCCAUUAGAAUAUAUUAAGAACCUGACUUCUACUUUGGUUGUGAGUAAUAUGUUUAAGUAAUUUGUUCAAAAUACUUAAAGUUAAUAAAUGAUUUAUUUAUUUUAUUUAGUACUACAGUUUAGAGGAUGUUUUAACUGCAAAUUAUAUCAUAAGAGAAUGGAAACCAGAUUUAAUAGAAAAUCUUUUGUCUUAUUUUAGACCAGAAAAUAUGAAGUAACUAUGAAUAGGAGUUAUUACUACUGGGUGUAUAUAAUUUAUUCUAUUAAUUGGAUUUAAAUUAUAACUAUUGAAUAAUUUAUUUAAAGUACUAUAUGAUAUCAAAACCAGUAAACAUUAUAGUUAGCACAUUAUAUAAAUUAUUAAAUAUUAUAUUAUGAAAUGAAAAAAAAAUGAUUUUUAUUAUAAAUUGUUACAUUAAUAAUAAUACUGUAGUAUUAUUAUACUGGUAUUAUUAUUGUAUUAAAAACUGAAAGGCAUAUAUAUUAUAAAGUUAAAAAAUUAAAAUAGUCUAAUAUUAAAUAAAACAUAAACUUUUAAUUAAGUAUGUUAGUAACCUUAUUCUUAUACAUACAUAAGAUAUAUUGAUAAUAUUUAUCAAUAUUCCUAGGCUAUUUUAUUUUCUCAUUCAAAUUGCCUACUUAGUAUAUUUAGUUCAUUUAAUGUAUAAUUAUUAAAGACUAAAAAUACAACUACAUAGAUAUUUAGAUACCAGAACAUUUUUGUUUUAUAAUAUUAACAACCAUUACCUUUCAUAUGCAGGUACUUAGUUUUAAUAAUUUAAACAUAUUACGAAUAGUAAUAAAGUAAUAAUUUAAAUAUAAAUGCAUAAAUUGUAAAUGUGGUGUAUUUUGAUUUCUUCAUACAUAUUGCAUUUUUUUCAUCUUCUUCUUUGGCUUUUAGGCCUCUCAGGCCCAUUUCCGCAACAUCAUUCUGCAUUUUAGUUAUUAUAAAUAAAUAAAAUACAUGUAUAAUAACUAGGACUGUUAAUUUGUAGAAAAGUGCAAUUUUCUAAACUAAUUGUGAAAUGGAACUUUCUAAGUAAAUAAUUUGAAUUAUGUAACAACAAAUUAAUUCAUGAAAUUUUUAUUUUGCAUUUUUUGGGCUUUUUAAGUUAUAUUUUCCUUUAUUAGUUUAUUUUCCAGUAUUUUUAAACAAAUUUUGUCAACUAACCUCUUUACAUACAUAUUUUUUAUUUUACACAGGCUGUAUAAAUGCUUAAAAAGUUAAAUUUAUAUUUUAUAAAAUAAUAUUUUACAUAAGCUGUAUAUGGAUUAGGUAAAGAUAAGGAUUAGAUAAAUAAGGCAAUAUUCCUUAGAUUAGUUAUUUUUGGGCUUGCGAUAUAUAAAUAUCAGUAAUAUCAAAAUAAAUAUAAAAAUUAAAUUAAAAACCAUUUUAAGUGCAUUUUAUAUUGAAUUCAAUGAGGCUUCAAAUGCAUAUUUUAUUGCAUUUUUAAGGUUUUAUACUGUAUUAAAUUUACUGCCCUAAAUUAAUUACUUAUACAAGUAAUCACAUAAACAUAAUUACUGUAACACUAUUCUGAAAUUUUUAAAAUAUUAAAAUAGAUUGACAGUUGUUUCUAAAGAUUUUCAAAACAAAAUUAAUAUGGUAGACAGAUUUUAUGGAACACGGUACUCAAUCAGCAAAAUACCAAUGGAAACAUUAAAUGUAAUUUAUUAUUAUUUUAAUUUUAUAAUUAAGAAUACUUCUUUACUUUUUAUUCUAUGUUUGUAUUAGGACUGGAACAAGGAUGAUUUAUGCAAAGAUUUAAAAAUGCCAUUGUCAAAUCUAUUUAUUACUACAGAUUUUAGCCUAGUGCCCAUUGAUGAAAAUGUAAUCAAAUUAUUAUUUGUCAAUUUUAUACUAUAUUUUAUUAAUAAUAUUCUUUGUUUAGGAUCCUGAUCAUCCAUACAUUUUUCAUGAAUCACCAAUUUUAAGAAUUUGGUUGAAAACAGAUACAGAAUUCAGAUUCCCUAAAGGAUUUGUUUCUGUUGAUUUUUUCAGGUAAUUUAACAUAUCAAAUACUAUGAUAUUUAAUGUUUCAUAACUAAUUUGAGUUUGUUAAUUAAUACUUUAAAAAAAACUUAACUAUAAAAAUAUUGUAUUUUAUCCACUUCAUCUUAAUUUAUACACAUGGCCACUAUUAAUUUAUUUUUUAUAACGUUUAUUGUCUUGUACAUAAAUUAUUCAAACAUUUAUGAAUUGAAUUUAAAAUUAUUGAUGUUAUCUCAAACAGAAAUUACAAUAUCUGAAAAGAACAAUAACAGAAAUACAAAUUCAGAUAAUGUUCUCAAAAACCCUAUUCUAAUAUUAAAACUCUCAGCAUAAAAUUGUUCCUACCGAAGGCAUAUUUGGUAUACUGUGCUUUUGUAAGAUGGUACCCACACAUAUAAUUAAUAUAUUACAAUAUUGUAUACAUACAUUUGUAUAGAUUUAAUAAUAAUAAUAUUUUACUUUUUUAAAAUUCUUUUUAAUAUUAUUUAAUGAUAAUAUAGAUUACAUAAUAAUUAAGUAAUCUAUUUAUAGAAUUUUUAAUAUGAUUUGUUAUUUGAAGUAGGUAGUUGAUUUAUCUCAAAAAAUAAGGAAGAUUUAAUAUUUUUGAGAAAAUAUGUUUUAACAAGGAUUGAUCAAGUAUAAUUGUAUAAAAUGAUAAAUAUAUUAUUAGUCAACACUAGGAAAAAUGAUGUUAUUUUAUUUAAAUUUUACAAAUACAUUAUAUUUAAUAUUUCAUUACAUUUUAAAUUACUUAUAUUUAAUUUGGUUUUUGUUUUUUUUUUUUAGUCCUAAAGUAUCGACUGAUCCAUUGUAUUGUAAUAUUAUAGCUCUUUUUGUGAAAUUGUUUAAUGAAUAUUUUUCGGAUUAUGCAUAUGAUGCAACUAGGGCUGGAUUGUAUUUAACUUUAGAACCAAGUACUCAUGGUUUUAAGGUAAUAUCUAUAUUUAAACAAAAUAAUAGUUUUGUAUUUUAAAUUAUUUUUUUUUUUUUUAGAUUACAAUAAACGGAUUUACUCAAAAAAUGCAUAUUUUGAUAAAUACAAUUAUUGAAAAACUUUUAACCUUCAAGAUCAAUUCAUUACAGUUUAAUAUCUUUAAAGAAGAAGUAAAUAAAUGUUUUCCAAAUUUUAAAAUAAUUUUUUAUAGUUUUAAAUAUAAAUUUAAAUUAAUAGAAAAUCAAACAAUUGAAAAGUGCUAUAAUGGAUCAACCCUGUAAUACUGCAAUUCUAUAUAGUUCAAUCAUUUUAUCAGAAGUUGGAUGGACAACCAAUGAAUUAUUAGCUUCCAUUUAUGGUAAAUAAUUAUAUUUAUUUUUUUUAAAUUAGAACCUUGGGUUAAAAUUAAUGAUAUGCAAUAUACUACUAUUUGAAUAGUUAACCUAUUUGAUAGUUUCUAUUAAAGGAAUAAUUUUUGUUCAAAUAGUCUCAAAUAGUUUAUAUAUUCGAAUAAGUAGGUAGUUUUUAUUUAAAAAAUACUAUUGUACAUAGUUUUAGUUGAAACAUGACACACUGCAGAAAGUUUUUCAUAGAAUUAUUUGCGAAAGUAAGUAGUGGAAAAUCGACUUUGUUCUGUACCCAGUACUUACCAACAAUAAUGUUUAUUCAAAUUGGUUUUUUUUGUAUACCUAUACAAAUAUUUUAAUAAUAUGGGAGAAAAAUAUUUAAUAAAAACUAUUUUAAUAGUUUUUUGAAAUAUUCUAUAGUUUUUCCAAAUACAAGUAUUUGCACAUUGGAAAAAAUAUUUGAUAGUUAAACCAAAGUAUUGAAAACCAUCUAUAGUUCAAGCAAUUUUAAAAUGUCUAUCAUUAAUUAAAAAAUGUAAAUUUUAGACGUUAACAUUGAAAAUAUUGAAGAAUUUAUUGAAGAGUUCUUUUCUCACAUGUUUAUGGAAUCAUUAAUUUAUGGUAACAUAGACAAAACUGUAAGUACAUUAUAAUAUUAUAACACUAUUAUUAAUUAAGUAACUUAUUAUUGUUCUAUUUUAGAAAGCAUUAGAAAUUAUUCAAAUAUUGGAAAAACCAUUUUUGGCCCGCAAUGAUUUCCGAACUUUAAUACCACAACAAAUGUUAAGAAAAAGGGCAGUACAACUUGAAGAUGGUGAGUUAAAUUAUUAUGCUUUUGUGGAUUUUCCUUAAUUAAUAAAAAAAAUUAAAUUAAAAUGACGGGCAUACUUCGCAUAGAAAUGUUAGUACAAAAUGGGCUCGUUACUUUUUAAUAUGUGUGCUAAUUCUAAUUGAAUUAUUGCUAUUUAUUUGUACAUUUACCACAUUACAUAUUUACACCAGUAGUAUGUUCCAUUAUUUUUUAUUUUAUCUUUGUAUUCUUUAUCAGCUGUAUUUCACAAAACUUCAUACUUUGGACCUAACUAAUUAACAGCUCGUUGUCUAUACCUUCAACCUACUUGAAAUUUUGAAAUGAAAUUAAAGAAAAUGUCCAACGUGUUAAUUUCAGUUGCAGUUUUGUUUACUACAAUACAUCCGUAUUUGCACGCACCUGUGUUCACUUAUAUUUGAACAAAUAAAAUAUUCUAAACGCGCAUUUAUAAUUUUCAAUGUGUGUACUACUUUUAUAUAAAAAAUAUGUCACUAAGAAAUUGACGUCCCAUACAAAUCACGAUUAAAUAUACCUAGUUAUAAAUGUUACGGUAAAUGUACGAAUACCGGUAAAACCUAGGUUUUACCAACUAUGGUCUUGACAAAUGACACGAUUAAUUGACGAUAAAAUUAUCUUCUUUUCUUCUUCUUGUGAUUCACUUUUCACUCGAAAAUAGUUCACUUUAUGUGAAGACAAUUUUUUAGAAUCGGCAAUAACUCCAGAGAAUGAAAUUCGUAUUCUUUAAGCAGUAUCGCAACUUUCUUUGACUAGUGGACAAGGCUUGAUAAGGUGCGACUGUUUAAAAAAAUGUAUCACCAAUCGAUGUAGGUAAGUGGCGAUCCAAAAAUGUAUUGUGCACCUCAGAUGUCACUACAGUAACCAAGCCUGCACAAAUAAAUAAUUAAUUAAUAAAUAAUAUAUAUUUUUUGUUACAAUAUCUCUAUAAUAAUUCAUAACAACAUAAAUGUGUGUACCUAUCUACCUAAUGUACUUAAAUAAUAAUAAUAUACGAAUAAAAUACAAAUAUAAAGUAAGGGGGAAAAAAAAUACAUAAUUGGUAAACAAUUUCAGACUUUUAUCAAUGCUGGUUAUUUAUCUAAAGAUUUACCAAAUCUCGUUUGUAAAAGUCUGAACUACAAAAAUCAUUUGAGGUUUGACCGAAUUAUUUUUUGUAUCCUAGGUUUUACCGUAACAUAUUUAUAUAUAUAAAGAUAUAAUUAUUUUAGUUAAAUCGUGAUACGAACACACGUUAUUUUUAACCAACGUUGUUCGUGUCAAAAAGUACGCGCGUAUAUCGACGCAUUUUGUACCCUCGUGUGGCCCCAGCCUAAGUGGAAAUAUUACUAGCUACUUUGUAGUAGCAAUUGCAUUUCAACACCAUAACACUGUUCCGAAUGUAAUUUUUUAAAUUUGCUUAAUGGUCAGAUGUUUUCAGCUUUCCUUCUAAUAAUGUUAAUAAGUAAUUUACGCAAUUUUUCGAUAAACAAAAUCUGUACUUAAACUCAUCAUCAGUUAAUAUACUUAGCUGUUUUAAUUUAAUUUUAAUUUAAUUAAAUUUAAUUAUUUAUACAAGCUAAAUACGUUGGCAAGCACCAAAACCUGCCACUAAAUAUGUGUCUGCUAAUUCAUAGUAAGAGGUAACAUUUAGCAUAGCGAAACAUUGUAAUAACGAAAUUUUAAAACCUGGCCACUAAAUGUGUUCCCUAAGCUGGUGGAUGAUUUAGCGGUCGAUUGUAAUAACGGCCCUUAUUAAUUAGGUAAUUGAUGUACAUAAUUAUGAAAACUAAUUUAAAGACGGUGUAUAGAAUUAAUUAUUAUUUUGUAUUAUCUAGUAUUGAAAGGUAAUAAAAGUUGAUUGGGGUGUGGGGAUUCACCUAAUAAAUACAUUUUUUACACCUAAACAUUCUCCCUUGCUACGCCAACUGGCAGUAUUGGUUACUUAAAAAUGUAUGAUUCAAAUUAGGGUAUAAAUAAAUUUUAAUAUAAUAUAAUUUUAAAUAUCUUAAAAAUUAUCCGAACUUAUACUAAUUGGUGGUAGCCAUUUUAAUACAAUUUUUGGCACAAUGAGCUAGCUGUAUAAUUUUCUAUUUUUUUAAAUUGUAAACAAAUAGUAACCUACUCUGUAAGUUAUAUGAUAACUAUAUUUAGAUAAAUUUAAAAUAAAAAUAUUUAACAUACCUACCUAUCUAAUUUACUUAUGAAAACAAAUUUUUAAUUACUUACUUAUGGUAUUUGGUAUUUAAAAAUAAAUUAGUAUAUUUAUGAGGAUUUAUUAUUUGUUUAUUUAUUGUAUUCAAGGUGAGAGCAUAUUAUAUGAAACAAUCAGUGCUUGUCACAGUAAUUCAUGUGUUCAAAUCCAAUUUCAAUGUGGUGUCCAGUCAACAAUAAAUAGUGUGAUAGUUCUUUUGUUUAGUAAUAUUAUGCAAAAAACUUGUGGUAACAUAUUGGGUACACAGGUUAGUUACAUACUUAUAUAUCUAUUCAAAUUCAGGUUUAUUUUAAAUCUUUAUUUUAGGAACAAUCUAGAUAUGUAGUAUUUGGUUCAUCUCAAGUUCAUUUUGGUGUACUGAGUUUGUAUAUUACAGUACAAUCUGCCCAUACUCCAAUGUAUGUUCAUACAAAAAUAGAAAGCUACAUAGAUACUAUUCAGGUUUGUUCUUUUUAUUUGACUAAAUAUUAGUUCUAAAAUAUAUUAUAUUUCUGGUUAUCCAGGAAUUAUUAACAAAUAUGACUAAUGAAGAAUUUGAGAAGUAUAAAGAUGCUUUAACUGCUCAAUUGUUAGAGAAACCAAAAAAUAUCAUGGAACAAGCAUCUGCUUACCAGAUUGAAAUUAGUACACAGACUUAUAGUUUCAAUCAAAUGCAAAUGUUUGUAGAAGCAUUGAAGUCAGUUACUAAAAGUGAUAUUGUUCAAUUUUAUGUAGUAAGUUAUUUGUAAUUUAAUUAUUGUAUCUUAUACCUAAAUAUUCAUCUAUUUAUUUCUACAGGACAAAAUCAGUCAGUCAGGUCCCAAAAGACAUAAACUGGCUGUGCAUGUAAAAUCUACACUAAAAAACACAAACAAUGAUAAACUUUCACAAUCAGAUAAUAGUUUGAGAGCAAACAACAAUGUAUGUAUGAAUUAUAAUUUAUAAUAAAAUAAUAAAGUAAAAAAUAAACUAUUAAAAUGGUUAAUACUCCUAAAAAAAUAUAUAAAUACAAAAUCUAUAUAUACAAAUUAAAUAAAUAAAUGAAUAAAUGAAUACAUUGGUAUACAUUUUGACUGUUAUGUACCAGAUGAUGAAUUUUUAAUUUGAAACCAGUUGUACCCCUGGGGAUUCAUUUAUUAAUUUAUUUUAUUUUUAUGUAUACAUUUUUUAUUUUUAUAUUUAUUUACUAUAAUUAUAAUUUGUUUAAACUGUAAUAGACUAAUAUUUUUUUUAAAAAUUUUAGUACACAAUUAUAACGGAUAUAACAGAUUUUAAGAAGAAACAUAAUCUCUAUCCAUUGCCAAACCCAUUUCAACCUGUAGGACUUUCUUCUACAAAUUCAAUAUAAAAUUUAAAAAUUUUUUUAUUUAAUUUGCCUUACUAUUUUAUUCAAAGUUAUGCCUCAAGUUCAAGUAUUUAUUUAAUUUAUUAUUAAAAUAACAUAAUUAUUUUAAAUUAAGUAGAUAUAUAAUCCACUUAUAAUCAAUGUUUUUUACAUUUUUAGAGUUAUAGAUUAUAAUUUAUAUUUAUCAUAUUUGUAUUGUUUACUUUUUAACAAGGCUGGGCAAAUUAAUGAUAUUUUUUAGCUCAGUCAAGUUAAGUUAAAUAAUUGUUUUUUCAAAUAAAUUAAAAUAUACAAUUAACUUGACUUCAAUUAAUAAGUUUAAUUAAAAUAAAAAUACAUUGAUUAAGUAUUAAAAAUUAAAAUAUCUAAUGAAAGUAAAUGCAAAUAUGAAAUAUUAGAUAUUUAUGUAUUUUAAACCUAUGGAGAUGAGUUGUAACAUUUGCAAACAUUAGAACUUCAUUAGAACUCUAAUCCUAAUUCAGAUCCAGGGAUCAAUAAAAUUUAAAUUUGCAUGUAAAAGUGAUUAUUGUGUUAUUCAUCAUUAAUAAUUCAUUAAUUUACAAAAUAAAUAAAUUAAACAAAGAUGUACAAAAAAACUACUUAUUUGUUGUACAAUUUUAUACAAAUAUCUAUUAAAUUUUAACAACAGAUAUGUAUUACUUAUCUAAGGAAUACCCAAGUAGGUAUCAUGAAUAUAAUUUGUGGGUCAUGACUAUAUCUUUUUAUUAUGAUAAAUUAUUUUUAUCUUGAAUUAUAAAAAAAAGAAAAGAAAAUUCUUCUAUAAAAUAUAUUAUUAUUAAUACCUUAUUAUUUUUUUUUUCUAAUUAACUCUUAAAUAUACAAACUUCUGAUAUUUUAAAAGGACAAGGUUAAUAAAUAAAAUCAUUUUCUAGAAAAUAAGAAAAUUAAAAAUUUACUUAGUAGUAUUAUACUAAAUAAUACAAUAAAUUUAAGUUGAUUUCAAGUUAAUGUAGAGGCAAAUAAGUUAAGUCAAAGGUAAAGUUAAUUAAAAUAGUAAAACUAGUAAUUUAAGUUUAAUAAGUUGAAAUUCACUUAACUUUUCAUUUUUUAAAUCAUUAAUACCCAGCCUUGUUUUUUAACAUGACCAUAAUUAAUUUUUUUUUAUGAUAUGAAAUGCAUAAAAACAAGUGAAAAUUCAUUCCAUGCUUUUGAAACUAAAUAAAUAUGAAAAUUUAUCCAUUAUUUGUUAACAAUCAAUCCUUAAAUACUUAAAUUAAGUUUUAAAUAGUUAGAUGUAAUAAAUCCCAUAUUUAAAGGAUUUUUUCAUGAAUAAUUAGUAAUGAUUUUUGGUGGACAAAUUUUAUUGUUGAGUAACAUUAGAUAUGACCAGUUUAAAAAUUAUUCAUGGCGCCACAUCUUGGUCAAUUAAUCCACCUUGAUUGAAAUAAUAAACAUUAAAGAUAAUGAAUCUUAGAUAAUAAAGAAAAAUAUGAAUAAUCUAGAUGAAUUAAUAUUAAUCCACUUUAAUGGUAAUAUUUUAUUUUAUUAUUCGUUUUUUAAUCAACGAAAUAUUAGGUAUUGUUAUAAAUCUAUUAUAUGUUUGAUUUAGUCACUGUACCCUGAAUCUAUUUUAUAAAGUGUUCAUUGUUAUUGUCUCAAAGUAAUGCUGGAAUUCAUAGCAGAUUGAUAGUACUAUACUCGGGCCAAUGAGAGAUCAGUAUCUUCACGUGCAUACAGAAUGACCGACAGUGAUGGUUCAGAGCUCUAUUUUACUGUUUGUUGGGCCAAUGAGUGGGGGAUAUGCCGAAUCAGAAGAGUUUUGGUCGAAUAAUCUGUGGCUACAGCUUGGCACUUCUAACCAAGUACAGUUUUCUCAUUAUCCCGCCCUUAAUGGGGGAAGUCUGUGAAGGUUAUUGUUGGAUCAAGUAAUAAAGCCUUUUUAAUCCUAUAUGCUGUGCCUGCUUGAAAAUACUUAUUCAUCUCAUGGUUCAACCCUGAAGUCUCUGCUGAACUUCUCAGUCUGAACUAUUCUGCAGUUUUGAUGAUAUUGCUAUCACGUAGCUGGUGACAAAGUAUCCAACCUAUGCUUCCUUUCAUAUUUAUCUGCUUCAUCAGUUUCUCAAACUUAAGAAUGUCAUGAAACCCUCCUUCUCGACCUGUACAAAUUUCGGUGUCAUCUGGUAUCAGCUAUGGUGUUCAAUAAAACUCCAAAAAACUAAGCAGUCUAGGUGCUAAGUCACCUCUGGGCUAUUAUCAAAACUGUAGAGGGCUUAGAACUACACUUAAUUUAUUUAAAUAUAAUGUUGCUGUAUUUAAUUAUAUUUUUAUUUGUUUAUCUGAAACAUGGCUAUAUAACAGUUUCUAUGAUAAUGAAUUAGGUUUGCACAAUUAUGUUAUCUUUUGAUGUGAUAGAAAUAGUUUUAGUAGAAGUGAUGAAGUCGUCAGCACCAUCCUCAAAGAUGUCAUCCAUAACUUGAUACCUGCUAUAGUGAACAACAUCCAAUAUUUAUUUAUUAAAUUUUAUAUAAGAAAUGUUGCUUUUGUUUAUAUUUCCCCUAUUAUCCCUAUUCCUCUGUAUGAGUCUUUCAUGUCUGCUGUUCAAUAUGUUAUUGAUACUAAAUCGAAUUUCACUAAUCUUGGUUCUUGGUUCAUAUUUUCUGGUGACUUAAUCUUCCUGAUAUCCUGGUCCAUUGACGAUUUUGAUCUAAUAUAUUCUACCUCAAGCCUUGGUGCUCUUUGUGUUCUUAGAUACUUUUGCUUUUAAUACAUUUUUUCAGUUAAAUUGUGUACUCAAUUCUCAUGCUAAAUGCCUUGAUUUGGUAUUUUCUAAAGAUGCAAAGAUCUAUUUGAAGAAAUCUGUGACUGUGGCUGUUUAA